AUGCCACCGCGAAUAAACCUUCCGCCAGUAACGCGGAUCGCUCUCAUCAUAUUGCUGGCACAAUCCGUGCUGAGUGCGGCAAUCCGCUACCGUCAAUGGACCGCCGAUUCCGAGAUUGUCAUACCCUACUUGACUCUUAUUCCGCAACUCUCCCUCGUCUACCCAUGGACCUUCCUUACCACGACGCUGGUGGAGAGCAACAUCUUCACUCUUUCGAUUGCCGCCCUUACCCUUUAUCAUGGCGGCCGCUACCUGGAGCGCGCUUGGUCCUCGCGUGAGCUCGCCAAGUUCCUCGUCGUGACAUCUCUCCUGCCGAAUCUGCUUUGCUUUGGCACCUUAGUCCUAUUGUUCGCCCUGACACGGCACGAACGCUGGACGUUGGUUACCAUCGCCGGCACCAUUCCGCUACAAAUCUCGUUCCUCGUCGCCUUUAGCCAGCUGGUUCCAGCACACACCGUGACGCUCUUCAGGGGCCUGCUCUCGCUACGAGUCCCUCGCUUCCCACUCCUCUACAUUGGCCUUGUAGCGCUGCUCUGCCUCACACCGAUGCUCACUAGCGCCUCCUUGUUCCUCGCCAUCUAUGGGUUCCUUGUCAGCUGGACCUACUUGCGCUUCUACAAGGCCGUCUUUCCCGACCUCGACAGCUCCCAGUCGAGCUCCCUGCGCGGAGACGCCAGCGAGACGUUCGCCAUUGCGGAAUUCUUCCCUGGCCCUGUCCGACCCGUUGUCACCUCUAUUUCAACCCAAGUCUUCAACAUGCUUGUGGCCAUGCGGUUGUGCGUGCCCUUUAGCGCAGCUAAUAUUUCAGUCGCCCGCGGCGACCAUCACCACACCUUUUCGCAUCGCGGUGCGCCUGGAAGCGCUCGUGCCGAGGCCGAGCGGAGGAGAGCACUUGCCCUGAGGGCGCUCGAUCAGCGUCUCCACGCGGCCACGGCAAAUGCUGCUACUCGGGCUCAAAACGCGCCUGUACCACCCGCCGUGGCCCCUCCUAUCCCAUCUGCUACGGGGCCUACCGUGCAGAGCCAGCCGCAGGCCCACGGGCACAACGCCAUGACGGCGCAGGCGGACGGCGGUAGCGGAUUACUGGGUCAGACCAACUACAACCCCGACGGAGAUGGGGAUAGGAAUGGCCCCUGA